AUGCCACACUCUAUUUCUCCCGAAGGAGCUACAAUACAAUCACAAGAGAAUAUGUUCGAUACCGAAGAAACUGGCGACGAUGCCCAAAUAAUUCAAGAAGCAGAGGAUAUUUCGGCCAAUAAGGACGCCGCUGAGUUGAAUGAUGACGAUGAUAUAACAAUGGCAGACGCUGGAGUACAAGGCGAGGCUAUACCUACACCAGCUACAAAGCCCGAGGUCAAAUUGGAGGAUUUAUUCGCAGAUGUUGAAUCCGAUGAUGAAUUUCCAAGUACAAAUGCGAAAGACAAAAAGGCGUCGAGUUCUCCUGAAGCUCCGGCUUCCCCAGUCCUACGUAAAGAUGUUCUUCGUCUUAUGCCAUCCAGAUUUGAAAUUGGCCCAGUAUAUAGUACAAAUCCUCGGGAUCGAAAAACACUUCGCAAAUCCUCCGCCUUUCGACCAAUCGCCAAAGAAUUAUGUUUCGAUAUCGAUUUGACCGAUUACGACGAGAUUAGAACGUGCUGUGACAAAGCAAAUAUUUGCAACAAAUGCUGGCAGUUCAUUACAAUGGCUAUUAAAGUGGUUGAUGUUGCGCUACGGGAUGACUUCGGCUUCAAACAUAUCAUGUGGGUAUACUCCGGAAGAAGAGGAGCUCACGCUUGGGUAUGCGAUAAAAAGGCUAGACAAAUGGACGAUCAGAAAAGGAGGGCCAUCGCAGGAUACUUGGAACUCAUUCGAGGUGGAGCGCAAACUGCCAAAAAGGUCAACGUGAAAAGACCUUUACAUCCACAUGUAUUCAGACGAAGUCUUGACAUACUUAAAGGUCACUUCCAGAACGAUAUCCUCCAAGAUCAAGAUCCAUGGGAGGAAGAUGAUAAAGUCGACAAAUUACUACAGCUUCUACCUGAUAGAACUUUGAAUGAAAGUUUACGGAAAAAGUGGAGCUCUUCUCCUGGACGCUCAUCAGCAUCGAAAUGGGCUGAUAUUGAUGCCUUAGCAAAAACCACAAAAGGAUUGGAUCCAAGAGCUCUACUAGAAGCGAAACAAGAUAUUGUUCUCGAAUAUACAUACCCUAGACUGGAUAUCGAAGUUAGUAAACAUCUCAACCAUUUACUCAAGAGUCCAUUCGUCGUACAUCCUGGGACCGGAAGAGUUUGUGUCCCUAUAGAUACUAGACAUGUGGGGGAUUUUGAUCCCCUGGCUGUACCAACCGUUACCCAACUUCUAGGCGAAAUUGAUCAGUGGACUGCACCUCAAAAUGGAGAGAUUGAGGGCAAGAGCAUACAGGAUUGGGAGAAAACAAGUUUGAAGCCAUUCGUGGAUUACUUCAGAUCAUUUGUUGCUGCUUUGAUAAAGGAUGAGAGUGAUGUUAAAGUCAAACGAGAACGAGGUACAGAUGGAAUGGGGUUCUAG